ACUCCCUCGUCUGCUUCGCCUCCUCGCUGCGAUGCAGGACGGCGCCGCCGCCGGGGGCAUGCGUCCGUGGCGCCAGGACCUCGACUCGCUCCUGCGGCCCCGCGUGAUCGACACGAUAGCGAGGAAAUUGGCCCAAGUUUACCAUGGACAGCUCGAUUCUACCCAGGACCUCAACAGGGUUGCUGCCUCAUUCGAAAACAAGGUAUUCCAUGAGGCUAACAGUAAGGGAGAUUAUCUUAGGAGAAUAUCUGUCAGGUUGGUCAGUCUGAAGCAAAAGCAAAAACAAAAACUAUUACAGCGUAUUUCAGGACAUCAACAACAGAUACAAGCAGGUAGUGAUAUGCGGCAGAUUAAUGCAGUCCAUGCAAUCCAUGGAGGUAAUUCUUCAAUCACUGCAAUGCCCCAAGUGACAUCGAUGAUGUCUACUCACGGAAGGCAAUCUUCUCAGCUGCAAAGCCUGCCUAUGACACCUCCAGGUUCGGGCUUAGUGCCAAACCAGAACGUGUCUUAUCCUUUUGCACCAAAUAUGCACGUUAAUGUCAAGCAAGAACAGCUAGAGGUUACAGGAAAGCCGGACCAGAUUCGUAACUCGUGUCAUGCGUCGGUAAGUCCAUUCGCAUCAGGUGUCCAACUCAGUCAGCAGAUGGUACAAUCAGUAGCAUCUCAAAAUUUGAAGCAACUUGCCUUGCAAAUGCAGCCCACAAACUUUUCAGGAGGCAACCCUAUAAGCACUGCACAUCAACAACGACAGCCUCUUGAUCAAGCCAAUGUCCAGGAGCAGAUGAUGGCGAAUCAGCAAGGUUUGGGGUUCAACCAACAGCAGGACAGGCUAAAAUAUCAAAUACUGGUGGAGCAACAGGCCAAUGUCACUAAUACGAACAAUAGUCAUCCUGGAGCACAAAACAAUCAUCCUGGCAUAACAGUUGGAUUCCGGUCAAUGUUGAAGAUGCAUGAACAAGAGGCACUCAAUGAACAUAUCAAAAUGGAACCUCAGCCUGUGUCCCUACUUCAGCCGCUGAUCACCGUCAGUCAGCAAAACAGUUCGUUCUGUACGAUCCCUCAAACUUUAGCAACUAUGGGAAGAGCUGGAGAAGUUGAUUGGAGAGAGGAUAUGUUUCAGCAGAUAAAGCCACUAAAAGAUGCUCACCUUUCAGAGCUCAUGGAACUGAAUCAAGUGCUUCAUGUUCCAAAACUUACAGAGAAGCAGUUUGAGUCAUUACCCAAAGACAAAGCUGGACAAUACAUAUUUAGAGUAAAUUUGAAGAAGAGAACGACACUGGUUCUGAAUUUCUUACUGCUAGAAAAAUGCAACAUCCCUGACAACUACAGGGGGCAGUUUUCCAUGUUUCUGAAGUCCAUAAAGGAUUUGGUAGGUUACUACAGGAAAAGUAAAAAUCGAAUGAUGGAUGCAAGGGAUAGGCCUCAGAUUUUUCAUGGGCAGCCACAAAUCAUCAAUCUUAGUGGUGACCAGGCUCCAUCUGGUGGCAGUCCAAGUCAUCAAAAGCAGCAAGAGCAGCUCGUACAUUCCCAGUUGAGGGAGAACAUUAUCAGUACAACAUCAGCAGCUCAAGAAAUGAAUCACAACCACUUGUUCGGAGUAGCAAGAUCAUGUUUCCCAGAGAAAUCACGAGGAUCAUUGCAGUCUUUGCCAAUCGAUAAGCGUCAGGAGUGUUGCACACUAACACCAUCACCUAUUAGCAAGUCAGGCGUUCUUAAUGUUUCUUCACCUUCUGCUUCUCUGAAGUCCACAACCCCAUCACCCGAUGCUACACCAGGUGCUGCAAAAGCUGAAGCCUCAUCUUCUGUUUCUGUGAAGUUCACAUUGCCAUCACCAGUUACCACGUCAGGUGUUGUAAAAGUUUCCUCAUCAUAUGCUUCGGUCAACUCAACUUUCCCAUCAGCUAUUGCCGAGUCUGCUACUAUACAAGCUGCUACACCAUGUGCAUCAGCAAAUUCAGCAUUGCCAUCACCCUUUGCCAAGUCUGGUGUUAUAGAAGCUACUUCAUCCGUUACCAAUUCAGGGUGUGCUCCAUUUGCUUUGCCCUGUCCUUCAAUGCACUCUACAUCAUCUGAGGACAUUGAGAGUUUAUAUGCCUUGCUACUACAAGACAACUCAGACCCUUCUGGUGCACAGGCAGCUGUAGGAGGAACAGCAAUAAAAACAGUAAAUGUUUCUAAACAGGUCACUACCACAAAACCAAUCAUGCAAGCUUCACCAAUUGAGGCAGAGACAGCAGAUCACCAAGCAGAGGAUAACUUGCAUCCUAGAAAUGAAAUACUGGUGGCUAAGAAGCCCAUUGAUCGCCUGCUUGAUGCAGUGCGAAUUUCAUCACCAUCAAUGCUUUGCAGUGCAGCUAAUUCUGUCUACUCAGUCCUCAACAUGAAUGAUUGGGUACCACCUAGGGAAAUAGAUGCAUUUCAGUAUUCGCAGCAGGGUGGAUCUAACACAGUGAAAAAAAUGAAGCGUGUUUUCGAAAGUACAUCAUUAUGUUCUGAAUCAGCACCACUGGGCAGCAUGGAUGGAAGUUGCAUGACAUUUGAUUGGACUGUCUCGGAGGCUGAAUACAGUGGAGAACGUGGUGCUAAGAGGCAGAAAGUACAGAAUGCUAAGGAUACUCUGUUAGACGAGAUAAACUCUGUGAACAACAUGCUAUUAGAUACCUUUAUCAGCAUCGCCCAAGACAAUGGAACCGAUGGGAUGGCUUCUGGCAAUGGUGGGACACUGAUCGAGCUCUUCUACACCGCCAUAUCACUAACGCCAGACCUUGCAUCGCUCUUUGCAACAUCUGGAAUGUCUAUUGUCAUGCCAGUGAAGGUCUUGGUCCCCGUAGAUUAUCCGAGAAGCUCUCCUGUGCUUGUCUGUGACCAGGGCGAUGAGCAAAUGAGGAAGAGGUUCAGUGAAAUUUCUGGUGCGGCGGACGUGGCCUUCCGGCGCACCCUCUACGGACUCCAAGAGCCCAUGUCGGUGGUGGACAUGGCAAGGGCGUGGGAUGCUUCCGUGCGGAGGUCCAUCGUGGAUUUUGCACAGCGGCACGGCGGGGGGAUGUUCAGCUCCAGGUAUGGUGAGUGGACUUGGUGCUGACGGUGCCGACGCUUCGUCAGCGUUCCACCAUUAAUAGAUAAGACCGUGAGAAAAUACCGUGCGGUCGAAGAAGGACCAUGUUGACGUGCUGCGCCACGCGUCCGUCCGGAGGGAUUCACUGCGUCGGACGUCUUGCACGGUAGAAUUACCGGAGGAAGAUAUAACAUGCUGGUCAGUUUAAGAUUUGAAUAUCGGAACAGGUGCAAGAGAAGUACUUUUUUAUGUACUUUUGUGAAUCCAUGCUUCUAUAGAUGGAUGUAUGUAUAUUGGUUUGUGAAUCCAGUUAUUUGUAUUGGUAAGAUAUUUAUAAUUUUGACCGUUGGUGUAUAUUAAUAAAUAAUCAAGUAGACUGAUGAAA